GGGGAAGAGGGGAAUAAACAUGCAGAGGAAGUUUCCUGAAGCAGCUUCUCGACCUUCUUAUGUCUUCUUCUUUUUCUUUUAAACACUCCCAUCAUAUUCUAUCCUCCCUCAUUAUUAUUACUAUUCUAUCUUCUUCUUUCGUGACUCUCAGGGGACACGCUCUAUCUUCUCGUUCUUUCGUUUUACAAGCCAAUCUUAAACAACAUGGUUAGCGAUAACGGUGACGCGAUGAUUGUCGAGUCUCAGAGAUCUGUUCCGACGCCGUUUCUCACCAAGACUUUUAACCUCGUCGAAGAUCCUUCCAUCGACGACGUCAUCUCCUGGAACGAAGACGGUUCCUCCUUUGUCGUCUGGAACCCGACUGACUUCGCUAGGGACUUGCUUCCUAAACACUUCAAACACAACAACUUCUCCAGCUUCGUCCGUCAGCUCAACACUUACGGUUUCAAGAAAGUAGUCCCUGAUCGGUGGGAGUUUUCGAAUGAUUUCUUCAGGAGAGGAGAGAAACGUCUCCUCAAAGAGAUCCAGCGUCGGAAGCUGACCCCACAAGCAGCUGUUGCUCCGCCUUCUGAAGCGGCGGCGGCGGGUCAGAGAGUUCUGACGGCGAAAACGGUCGUGUCUCCGUCGAGUUCUGCGGAAGAUCAAGCGGUGUCUCCGUCGUGGAACUGUCAAACCGGAAACGGCGGCGGUCUGUCCGUUGAGCUGUUGGAAGAGAACGAGAAGCUUCGGAGUCAGAACAUCCAGCUUAACCGUGAGCUCGCACAGAUGAAGUCUCUCUGCGAUAACAUCUUCAGCCUCAUGUCUACCUACUCAGGAUCUCCUCCUGAUGAGAACCGUUCUUCUCCGGGAGCUAGCACCAGUCGCGAAAGGAUGAAAGCGGUGGAGUUUUUCCCGGGGAAGACGGAGGCUGCUGAGGAAGAAGCGAGUCAUAGGCUAUUCGGUGUUUCGAUAGGGCUGAAACGGACGAGAAGCGAAGGCGUUCAGGUGAAGGCGGUUGUGGGAGAGAGAUCCGGGGAGAAGGAGGAGACGCCGUGGCUAAGACACUGCAAUAGGACCAAUCAGAGAGUCUGUAAUUGAACGGUUAGGAUUAUCGGGUGUGCGCGAAGUAGAGGAUCAGAGAGCUUUUAGACAAUAGAGGCACGUGUCUCGUCUGUUUCAAGAAGUUUCAUCAAUCUUGACUUCUUCUCUAACAUGUUGUCUUUAUUAAUAUAUAUAAACGCUCUUUUUCAGUUUUCUA